AGAUCAUCCAAAGGGUAAAUAUCAUCGGAUUCGCUCCCACAAGUUCCUAUCGAGUCCAUCUCCCGCUGUCCCCCCGCUAUAUAUACAAACCGACCGGGGAAAAGCUCGUCGGUAGACGACCCCUCUUUAAAUUCUUCAUCGGUGGUCAACAUGGGAACUGCACUUAGGGCUUUUAUUCCGUUUCUUGCCCUCUCAGUACUUGUCCUUCCUCUGGUUCUUCCUGCUUCGGCUGAAGGACUAAUAAGAAUUGGCCUGAAGAAGAAACCUUUGGAUGAGAACAGUAGGCUUGCAGGCCAUCUCUCUUCUAAGGAAGGAGAGCUCUUAAAGAGCUGGAGAAACGGCCGACGAGGAGGUCUCAGUGAUGGAUCAGACCCCUCCGAUAUCAUCUCCCUCAAGAACUACAUGAACGCUCAGUACUUUGGGGAGAUCGGUAUCGGGACUCCCCCACAGAAGUUCACGGUGAUAUUUGAUACUGGCAGCUCUAACUUGUGGGUUCCAUCUGCCAAGUGCUACUUCUCGAUUGCUUGUCUGUUUCAUUCUAAGUACAGGUCAAGUCGGUCAAGCACAUACCAGAAGAAUGGAAAAUCUGCAGCAAUUCACUAUGGGACUGGAUCAAUAGUUGGUUUCUUCAGUGAAGACAAUGUUGAACUAGGUGACCUUGUUGUCAAAGGCCAGGAAUUUAUUGAAGCCACGAGAGAGCCAGGUGUCACUUUCUUGGCAGCAAAGUUUGAUGGCAUACUUGGGUUAGGAUUUAAAGAAAUCUCAGUUGGUAAUGCAGUCCCUGUGUGGUAUAAUAUUGUUGAACAAGGUCUUGUUAAAGAUCCUGUUUUCUCCUUCUGGUUGAACCGGAAAGCAGUGGAUGGUGAGGGAGGUGAAAUUGUUUUUGGAGGAGUUGACCCAGCUCAUCACAAAGGUGAACACACUUAUGUCCCUGUUACUCAGAAGGGUUAUUGGCAGUUUGACAUGGGAGAUGUUCUUGUUAGGGGCCAAUCGACUGGAUUCUGUUCUGGAGGUUGUGCGGCAAUUGCAGAUUCUGGAACUUCUUUGAUUGCUGGUCCAACAACCAUCAUCACGGAAAUUAAUCAAAAGAUUGGAGCUGCAGGUGUUGUCAGCCAAGAGUGUAAAACCGUGGUUUCACAGUACGGGCAACAGAUUUUGGAUUUGCUUUUGUCCGAGACGCAACCAAAGAAAAUAUGCUCUCAGAUUGGUCUUUGUGCCUUUGAUGGAACUCGGGGAGUUAGUAUUGGCAUUGAAAGCGUUGUGAGCAACGGAAAAUCAUCUGUUGGAAGUGAUGUUAUGUGCAAUGCUUGUGAGAUGGCAGUUGUUUGGAUGCAAAAUCAGCUCAAGCAGAACCAGACUCAAGAAGCGAUAUUAAACUACAUAAAUGAUCUAUGUGAACGAUUACCGAGCCCCAUGGGAGAAUCAGCUGUUGACUGUAGUGUCUUAUCCUCAAUGCCUAGUAUUACUUUCACUAUUGGUGGCAAGACAUUUGACCUCACGCCAGAGCAGUAUGUUUUGAAGGUUGGUGAAGGGCCUGCAACUCAGUGCAUCAGUGGAUUCACAGCUAUGGACAUGCCACCUCCUCGCGGUCCUCUCUGGAUUCUGGGUGAUGUUUUCAUGGGAGUUUACCACACUGUGUUUGAUUACGGCAACAUGAGGAUUGGAUUUGCUGAAGCAGCAUAAAAGGAUACGAGAGUUACUACGGUAAUAUCCUCAAAUACUUUGCAAAGGGAUUUUACCGUUCUGCAGGUAACUAUGUCUCGCGUAAUGAAGUGGGUAAGGUGGCUGGUAUUGUACAUACUCUGAAUGAGGGCGUCCCUUGUUUAAGAAGCUGAAACUGUAACAAAAUUUCUUGCUUUUGCUGAACAUUGCUAUGCAGUCUUUUGUGAACUUGUAAGGUUUCCUCGUGCGGUUUCUGUUUUAUUUCUCCCUGCAUCAGUUGUAGGUUCUUAAGAGUAUCCACGCGCAUGAUCCAUCUGUUUUCAACAGUAGUUGGGGUGAUCAAUCGCUUAUAUUUUGAGAUAUUUUCUUCAAUAAUUUCUCUCUGAAAAAAAUAAUGUAGAUGGAGUUACUACGAGGUUUACUUGGGA